GUCUCGUUGCCUGGCGUUGCUAAGCGGGUUUCUUUUAAUUGUUCCUCAGCGAUACGAAAAAUCUAGAGUAGUUUUGUGUCUUCCACGUACGCUAUUGCUGGCCGAUUUACUUUGUUGAAAGAUUUUGAUUUUAGUGUGUUCAGUCACAAAAUACUUGCCAUUUUAAUUAUUUAAUGGGGGUCAACUAAGUUGAUCCUUCUCUUCAAGACUUGUGCUAAUCUUUAUUGAAAGUUGACCUAGAAAUUGACUCUCAGUGAUGUCAAUCACAUCAAAUCUGAACACGAAGAAAUUCUGGCCAGUCAGUGUAUCAGCUUUAUUACAGUUUUUUUUAUUUUUUUUACUUAUAAUGGUUGUUAACUGAAAGGUCGGAUGUAUGGAAGUUUGCAGCUGCGCAGUUUACUUUCUCUUAGUCAAUGAAUAAAGCUCUGAAGAAAAAAGCAGCAAUAGGUUGUUAAAAGGCCCUAACUUAUUUGAAGUCUCAUCUGUUUCUUCAGAGAUAGUUACAUCACAUGUCAUGGAACAGCCUACAGAAGAAAAUGGUUCUAAUAGAGAAGAUGGAGCAUUAAAGGCUCAUGGUGAGACUAAAGGAAGUGACAUAUUGAACCAUUUUAAUACAAACUUUGAGCAGUCCUUAGGAGACAGCCACACUGUUUUUAUUAAGGGUCUUGGGGGUUAUCCCCUCACCUCCACCUCUGGAUCUGUGAUAACUAGCUCAAGCUUUCCUGGUGUGCAGGGUACAAUUAACUUUUCAACUUCCAUCGAAAGAAACUUUUACAAUUACAAUGCUCAUUUUGAGGAUGAAAUACCUCAGAAAAGUUCUAAUCGAGCCAGUCAGUGUUCAAGUUCUUCCAUGGAAGCCAGAUGCACCCAAUACCAGGAAGGCACACACAUGUGCAGCAAUAGUCAGAGUGCACAAUCUCCCAAAUUAGACUGUGGGGAGAGUGGAACUCAGGGCAGCAGUCUCACUGCAACUACAAAAAACCCCUCAGGGGCCAAAUUUUCUGAGUUAUAUUGCAGUUCUCAAAUUGAUUCAUCAAGCACAUUACAGCCUGUACCAUGGCAAAAUAUGCAACAAGCAUUAAACCACUUAAAAGAUUUAAGCUGUCCAAUGUUGGAAAGUUUACUUCCAGAAAUUGGUACUGAAUCAGAUACACCAAGUCUGGUCAAAAAAAGUAACAUUGACAGCCAUUCCACUGGUACUCUUCUGGAUGUAACUAAAAUGAAAAAUUAUCCCUCAAAGGCCAGAAGUGAUGUAGUUUUGGAGAACUUUGAUGAAAAUGACAUUAUAAAAGAGAAAACAAAACUGUGCAAUGCUCAUAACACCAUUUUCUCAAAGUGGCAGGGAACAACAGAUGACAUGUCCAGCUCAUUCAUUGGGUCGCACAUUCCAAAUUUGGACAUUAUGAAUAAUCAAAAUAAUAAAAUUGUUGGUUCCAGAAAUGAUUCUGCAUUUAGUACAACUCAAAAUUCCUACACUUCUCAGAAUACUAGUGAAAAAUUUAAAGGUUAUGAAGGACUAAUAGGAGCAGUAGGGGGAUGUGACCCAUCCUUUGAAAAUAAUAAUUAUGAAGAGGCCAAAAAUCUGCAAAAAACCAAACAAAAACGUGUACCUCCAAUCCGCCUUGGACUUUUGGGAGGUGGAGAAAACUCUUUGAGUAAUGGAACUUCAACGUGGGGUCUUACUCCACCUGGAAAUGCUGCUGCAUCUAACUGGAAUGUAAAUAGUAAUGGGAAUGCUGGAAAUCAGUGGAAUUCUGCAGGAAGACAGGGAGGACCAAGCAUGCCCCCUGAUAGUAACUGUAGUGGCCAAGGAAUGUCACCUCCAAAGCAACAUAGUACCUGGGCACAGGCUGCUGGCAAAGGGCUUACUGGCCCUUCGCAAACAAAUGGUAAUCCCACUAAUGGAAACCGUAGUAUUGGUUCAGUAGAUCAAGGUUCCCAUGGGGCAAAUGACCAACUGGUCAAACCUUGUAUUGAAGAAUAUUUGUCUGAACAUCAAAUAUCCGCAGUUCUUAGUGAAGGAUGGGGACAGAGUACCAUUAAUCAAGACACACUGUGGGAUGUCCCACUCUCACCUCAUUCUAACUCCAAAGAAGGUAACAGUUUUGUGUGGAAAGCACCAGCUAAUAAUGGUACAGAAAUUUGGGAAAAUAACAUUCGACAUCGCAAUAAAGGAAGUAAUGUGAAUGCUCCUAGCCGCAAUAACUCUCAGCCUUGGGGCCACACUCCUUCAACAAACAUUGGAGGCACGUGGGGUGAAGAGGAAGAUAACACUAACAUGUGGACAGGUGUUCCCCAGCCUGAGGGAAAUAAUUGGAGUGGCAUAGACAAUGGAUCAAAUAUGUGGGGCAGCUCUUCUCAUAACAAUAGACAGGGACAGUGGACUGGACCUGGUCAUGGAGGAUCAUGGGAUGAAUCAGGAGGAGGAGAAGGAAGCAGUGGUCCAGGUAAUGGACAAGAUGGUGGAGGUCCAGCAUGGAAUCCAGUAAACAAGACACCAAAUAUUGGUACUUGGUCACCUGUAACCACUCCAAAAAAAGAUUUACAAGCUUCAGGAUGGGAGGAGUCUUCUUCAACACAGCGCCGUUCAACAUCUGGUUUUGAUGACGGUACUUCUGUGUGGGGAAAUCCUCAGAGACAAGUGAAAGCGUCGAAUUGGAAGGAAAUGCCUCUUGCUAAACCAGUAAAUGGAAUGGGUGGGCCUGGAAUGGUAGGUAACAAUAUGAUAUCUUGUGGACCUAAUAUUCCACCAGUUGGUCCAGGUAUGAUUCAUCUGCCUCCACCCAUUAAUCCAUCAAGUAAGCCAGACAUGGGAACUUCAAUGUGGGGAAAAAUGCCACCAACAAAUCAUGGGCAAAAUUGGCCAGACAUGCCUCGCAGAGAUACCCAAGGUUCAGGAACUUGGGAUGAAUCUCAUAUGCAACCUAUUUUGAAGAACAUGCCAGGAACUACAGGUUGGGGGGAGUCAAUGGGGCCACCUUUUUGGGGUGCUAAACCCAAGAGUACUACUUUACCAAGCUGGUUUGAAGGACAUGUUGAUACUAGUAACUGGAUUCCAAUGAAGGGUGGUAAACCACUAACUAGAGAUCUGAUUUGUGCAAGUAAACAGUUCCGCCUUCUUUCAGAAAUGGGCUUCAAGAAAGAAGAUGUAGAAAAUACUUUGAGAAGUAAUAAUAUGAAUUUUGAAGAAGCACUUGCUGAACUCCAGGCAAUUGCCAACAGAGAAAAUGCAAUGAUGGAUGUUUUUGGUAGUAAUCAGAAAAUGCGACAUAACAUGGCAGAUGAUGCAAACUUCAUUGAUCAUUCUGGCGAUAUAUCCUGUGGACCAGGAACUGUACAUUCAUAUGGUGGAGGAUACAGUGGUGCUCAGGGUUUUAAGCAUCAAGUUAAGGGCUCAGCCAUAAAUAGCAAUUCUCCUAGUCUACUUAAUAAUGCAGCCAUUGGUGGGCAACAAUCUAGUCUUGGUGCCGGAAACAGUAUUACUGGCAUGAGUCAAGCUUUGAUGCAAAAACUUCUACAGCAACAGUCUUCUCCAUUUGGUCUUGCAAACAUGCAUCAGAAUGCUCUUGGUGGACAAGGAGGAAGAAUGAAUCAGCCAUCAGCUUCUCAUUUAAAGGUUCUCGUUCAACAAAUACAGAUGGCAGUACAAGCAGGACAUCUGAAUCCUCAGAUUCUUAAUCAGCCACUGGCACCUCAGACUCUGCAACUUUUAUAUCAGUUAUUACAACAGAUCAAAGUUCUUCACCAAAUCCAGCAGCAACUUCAUGUUCCUCAACAGUUUGGUAAAGGAGGUCCCACUCCAACACAGUUGAAUGUAUAUGUUACUCAGACCAAACAGCGGAUUCACAACCUGCGUAAUCAGAUUGCUGCUCAACAGGCUCAUUUCAUAAAGCAGCAACAAAUACAUCAAGCACCUCAAUCAGCAAAUCUAUCAGGUCCACAGCAGUCUUCUAAAGAUAUGUUCAAUCCCAGUUUUGAUCAUUUGACCAAUUUAACAUCUGACCUACAUGAUCUUUCCAUCCAGGAGACUCCUACACCUCAGACUCAUUCUCGGCUUUCCCAGUGGAAGUUACCAACUUUGGACAAGGAGGAAAGAAACUCUCCUAUGGGAAAUACUGAAAGCAACAACUUAGGAGAUUUUAGCCGUGCUCCUGGAACUAUGUCCAAGCCUGCAGCUUCAAUGCAUACUUCACAUUCUUCAUCUAACAUGCAGUCUCUAAUAAGUAAUCAUGAUAAUACCUGGUCUAGUCUACCACACACUUUGAACAAUGCUGAAACCUGGCCCGAGUCCUCCUCGCCUGCUGACACUACUCGUAGUACUAGAAUUGGCCCUUCAAACAGCAAUCUUAAUAUAAGUAGCUCUGCUUCAGUAACGUCCUUAGAACCAACAAGCAACAUUACCAGCAGUGUUUCAGAUAAUGAAGCAAAGGAAGCUACAGCAUCUACUUGUUCAGUUUCUAGCUCAAGUUCCCAGCCCUCUUAUAACUUGAAUGACCUUGUGACAGAAUUUGAACCUGGGAAACCUUGGAAAGGUAAUUCACGCAUGAAAAACAUUGAAGAUGAUCCUCACAUUACUCCAGGGAGUGUUACUCGAUCUCCUCUCUCACUAAAUACUAUUAAAGACACAGACUUGUUGGGUUGGACUUCUAAAUCCAGACCUCUCACUACCAGUAGUGGAGACUCCCUUGUAGCAUCACUGGCUUCUUUGACUUCAAACCCAUGGACAUUUAAUUCAGCCUCAUGUAAUGGAAGUGCUCUUAACAAGUACAAUGGCUCUAAAUCAAGUUGGGGUCUAUCUUCUGGAGAAGUCUGGGGAGCACCAGGAUCAAAGAUACAGAGACCUCCUCCUGGUUUACCUGGGCAAGGGAAAGGCACAAGUAGUUGUUGGGGUUCAAAUCCAGCAUGGGAUAAACAAAAUUCCUUCCUAGUGCUUCGAAAUCUCACACCUCAGAUUGAUGGUUCUACCCUGAAAACUCUUUGUAUGCAACAUGGACCUCUUCUGCUGUUUCAUCUUCUCUUGAAUCAGGGAAUCACACUAGUUAAGUACUCCACCAGAGAGGAGGCUGUCAAAGCUCAGUCAGCUCUCAACAAUUGUGUCCUUGGCAACACCACUAUAUUUUCAGAAAUUCCCUCAGAGGCUGAAGUGCAGAGCUACUUGUGUCACACUGGUGGUGGACAACUGGCAGGUGCCAGUGGAAUGGGAUGGUCAGGUAACCAGUCACCAAAUAACAACACCAUUGGUCCUAAUUUUAGAGGAAAUGCUCCUUUCCUAUAUGGGGGUAAUCGUGGAGUUAGUUCAUCUGAAAAAGGUGAUUCUAGUACCUGGAAUGGUGCAAACCAUCCAAAUGGCCCUUCUCAGUUGUGGUCUUUUUCAGGCUCCGGUGGUGGUGGUGGUAGUGUCUGGAGUACUCCACAGUCUGUGAAUGAACGAGAUCAAAAUGUUGCAAUGAAUUGCUUCUUACCUGUGGACUUACUGGGUAGUGAGGUCAUGUGACCUUGUCCACCAAUAAUCUUAGCUAGUAGUGGUGUCACUAUGUCCAGUCACAACAAAUUUUGAGUGAUUCACUUCUGGCUGGGUUCAUGGUCAAAAUGCUUACUUGAUAAAGAAUAAAUUGCAGAAUUUUAAUAAGGUAGUGUUAUGAGCUGAAAUUAAUUUUUAGUUAUUUCAUUUUUUUUUUCCUUUUUCUUUUGUCGUUUGAAAACAAUUGUUUGUAAAUAAAUUUUAAACUUAACAGAGUAGGCUUCUUAGAAGUCUGUGUGAUAAAUAACCAUUUUUUCUAAAAUAUGAGAUGACAUUUUAUGGGUCCUUCCAAAGUGUAUCUUCAUUAUUGGGGUUGUGGGAAUGCAAAGUUAAUACUUAGUGUGUGAUAUUUUAAGCUCUAUGUUUAAUUCAUUGUUUCUGACUGUUUGACAUCACAAAACUUCCUUACAAAUAUGCUCAGCUGUAUUGUGAAAUAAUUUAAAUAUAAGAAUUAGAUAAAGUAUCUGAAGAGAAGUAUUCCAGUAUUUUAAGUGCCAGAAUUAACAAAAGAGAGCCUUAAUUGAAAUUUUCUGCCAUAUUAAUUAUUAAGGUAACAUUCAGAAAUAAUCAUGUUUAUAUUAGUCAUUCUUUUGUAAGUCAAAACAUUUUUUUUAUGCAUGUGAACAUCAGUGGCUUUUUAUUUUAUAAACUUUUCAUAUUCUCAUACUAGAACCUCAAUUUUAUGCUGUGUUUAUGGAUUCUUAAGCUCCAAUUUUGUGGGAAGAAUAAAGUUGCUUCAUUUCUAUAUUAGAAGAAAAUGUAUAAUAGCAUUUAAUGUACAAGUGUUCUUGUCUAAUUAGAUGGCUUUUUCUCUGUUUAAAAAAAGAAACAUAUAUAUAGAGAUGGGAGGUGUUUUUUUUGCUUUUAUUUUACCAGUUUCUUGAUAUUUGUUAUUCAUUUAACAAGCACUAACAAAAGAAAUUGAGAACUAGACAAUUUUGAAAACCCAUUCCAAAAUGCUCUAAGGAAUCUUAAAAGGGAACUUGUUUAAGUUUGUGAAUACUGAAUUUUUAAUAUAUAAAUGUAAUAGCUGAUAAAAUUUUGUAGCGACAAGUUUUUAGUUUGGUCAGGUUUUUGUUUAUAUUUUAUUUGAUAUGAAAUGUAAACGUACUUAAUAGGGCUAAGUACAUCAGAAAGUGGGUGAAACUUAUUCUCUGAGAUUUGAUUGUUGGAAAAAUAUUGUAUAUAAACAAAUUGUGGAAAAGUUCUUUCAAUUCGUUAUCUGAAAAAUGUAUAAGAUGUUUACACUAUUCUUGUCUAGCCAGGUAGCAAGAGAAGAUCGUUUCAGAAGUAAUUAUAACAGGAAAACAUUCUUACUGUUUGAUAAUGUCUGAAUUUAUAUGGAGUUUCUUUAAUUGAACAUUACUUUGCAGCUGUUUUGUCCUCAAUAGUCAUUAACCAUUUACAAAGCAGCAUAGCUCUUCAGGACAUGGAAAGUCCCGGUGAUGUCAUUCAAAUACUUUUAGGCUCUGUAUUUUAAAUAAUAAUGUAUAACCAAUACAUUUGUAAAUGUAACUUGGCAGAGUUGUCCAAAUCAAUGUUUCCAUUACAAUUUAAUGUGUUAGUGAAGGUAGUGUCACAUUACAGACUUGUCUUGUCUGGUACAUUACUGUGGUGUAAAAAAUACAUAUCAAACUUUAGAUAGUUUCACUUUCUGUUUGUAUGGUAGACACCAAGUAUGGUGUCAUUCAGUCAUGGGACAUGGUCUUAAUUGCUCUACUAAAAGUAAUCAAUAAGUAUUUUGUAUGUCUUCAGCUUAUAAGAGAAAUAGGUAUCUGUUCAUGGUUUUAUUACAUUUCAAAGUGACAACACACAAAUUUAGAGAUCAUUCUAAAUCAGUACAACUUCAAAAUCUCUCCAUUUACUACACUAGAAGAAACUCAUGGCACCAAAUAUGACCAAAGAUAAUGUGCCAUUUUAUGUUAAUUAAUCCCAUCAGCUUCUUCAUGAAGAUAGCCUUUUUUACAUCCAUCCCAUGACCUGAGAAUGCAAAAACCUUCUUGUAAGGCAUUCCUUGCCAGGUUUUGCAGUCUUUUUGCUGCAUGCAAGCUGGGUGACCAGGCUUUGAUCAGAAACACAGAAUCAACAACCAGUAUGUUGGUGUGUGUAGUUAUAUAACCGUCCACUCCCUUCCAUAUCCAAAGGAUAUAAAGAUAAAACAAAAACAAUUGCCAAUUCCCAUUGUCAGAGUCACAAAGUAGUAAUUGUUCACUCAUGUAAAUAUACAUGGUGCUAGUUUUUAGAUGUAUGGUGUGGGAGAACUAUUCCACUCAAUGUUCCUGUAUCUUUCAGAAGCUUUGAUAAUAUUUUGGAUUUAAUAAUCAUAAGUUUGUGUGGAAAUUUUAAGAUAAGUUACUGCCAUUUUGUGCUUGUACAAAACAUGCUUCAUAUGCAUUACUCCACAGCUCACAUGUAAUGAUGUUUGAACUGAUCAUGAGCAUGCUUACCACAGUAGGUGCAACUUGUGAUAUUUUAGCUAAGGGUUGGUUUCCAUGACAACAGGGUUUGUUUCUCUUUGAAUUGUGUUCAAAUGAGACUGUAGUGAUGAGGAUGAUGAUGAUGCAGGGAGAUGUGUUAAAAAUUUGACAUAUUUAGUGUUAUUGCAGACUAAAAUCUUGCUGUGAAACUUCUUCUGUGUUGACAGUGAACAAUUGAUAAUUCAUUAUUGUGUUUAAGUGUAAUGUUGGUGAUGGAGUAGGUUUAGUUAAGUGUUUAGAUUUAAUUGUAAAGGUAGUGUUCCUUAGAUGUAUUGUUUUGAGCUGUGUUAAACAUGAGAAAAAUGUUUUCUCAGCUUGGUAGUUUCUUUCAGUCAUAUUAUGUGGAAAGAGUUAAGUGCUCUCGCUUCUCAACUCACACUUGGAGAUGAUUUGUUUUUGCCAUAAAAUGUUCAAGGACCAAACGUAAUUGUGUGGUAGAUUUAAGAUAACACCAGAUGUUGUUAAUUAUAAUCUCAAAAUAUAUAUAAAAAAAAAGACAAAAAAAUAUUUUAAAUGUUUGUAUUAUGAAGGCUAGCUUCAUUGCCCAACAGUCAUUUUUCCUGUAUUUGAGACAUUUGUGAUUUCUUGUGUGUGUUCUGCAUGCCUUCCAUUUGAUCGUACCUGCAAAGAACAUUGUAUAUAUAUAUAUAAGAGCUUCCUGAUGCUCUAAAAGUGCAAAUCAACCCAUUUUAAGUUUAUUUCCUAUACCAAAUUAAAUUUUUGGGUUUAAUUUCAUAUAAUUAUUUCCAUUAUAAAAGUUGUUUCUAUGUUAAACUAGUGAAAAUCAAGUGUUAGGUAGUUAUCAACCAUUACAAGUUGGCUUUUAAAAGUUGACACUGCAGCUACUCCCUAAAAGUUGAAGCGAUUUAUUUCUCAUUUGUGCAUAUUUCCAUCAUAGUAUAUGGCAAUCAGGUCUUCAGCAGAAAUCUGAUGCUAUUGUCAAGUAAAUGAUAUAAUAAUAAGACCAGCAUCCCUAGUUACAAUAUUAGUGUAAAUACCACUGCUUUUAGAACUACAUGAAUGAUGUGACAUUUACAUUUAUUUUAUUGAUCUCGUGAUUGUAGGUUGUACCAAUUUAAAGUAAUUCCAAAUCAAAUUGUUUCUGUAUUUUUUCUCUACCUUGUUUUUAGUGAUCUUUUCAGAAUACUCAGCUGAAAAAAAAGCCUAAAAUGAAACUACUAACAUCAAUUUGAAAAUUAAAUCAAACAUGUAUUUAAAAUUGUUUUGGGGAUUUAUUGUUAAUCUGUGUGUUUGUAUGGAAAGGAAGGUGAAAAUCUACAAGCAAACAUGUAGAGUAUUGGUGAAUUUCAAUUUGAUAACCAGGGAGACAAAAUUUAAGUCUCCUCAGUAACAAGACUAGUGGAGAAAACCUGGUUUGUAUGGAGUACUUAGUGCUUUCAGGCAAUUGCCUAUUAGUUGUGUUCAUUAAAUUAUUAUUGUAAUUUCAGCUAAAGAUGUUCAAUUCAAAAAUAUGUUGGAGUUUGUUUUCAUAACGUUUACUGUGUACAAAAGGAGUGCAAUCCUUAAACAUUUUAUUUUAACUGAUGAUAUUAAGAAUUCAAAUUUUUUUUAACAUCAGACUGUGGUUGCCUCUUCAUAACGCACAUACCCUGAAGAGAUGACUACCAGAUGCUGGUAUUUCCCAUCUGUAUAAUAUACCUAUUUUCAUGCUGAAAUCAGCAUGUCUUGGGCAUGUUUUAGAAAACAUGGUAUGCUAGUACAAUAUUAAAAUGGCUACAUACCUCAUAGCUGUGAUGAGUAAUUACAAAUCUCGAGGUGUUCUUUUAUUUAACAGUUUCGAAGCAAUUUAAAUAAAAUGUGAUGAAAAUAGCAAUAUAGUGUUUCAUUACACAGCUUCAUAAAAUUGUAAUUUAGUUGUGACAAAUGUUUAGUUGAAACAUUACUUGUAUGUUGAAUUUGAAUGCUAUAUUUUAUUUUCUAAAACUGUAGAGGGAUUACAAAAAUGUUCAGAAAAUAGCAUACUGCUAAACUUCUUACAAAUGUUCAGAUGUUAAGUUUAAUCAUAACAGUGUAGUUGUUCAGGGAAUGAUAUGAUGAACAUGAUAAUUAAGUGUAUGAAGAUACUUUUUAUUUUUACUAGUUUUGUCCUUGCCUAGUAUUUUUAUACAGCACCAGUAAUUUUGCUGUAUAGAUGCAGUGUUUAGAUGGCUUGAUGGUCUUUGUGACUGUCUCACUGUUUGCCAGUUAAAAGAUGGGCUUCCAUCAUAAUGGUUGACAGGAGGUAUAGUUAGAUCAGAGUAUUGUUAGACUGUUGAAAAACAUUAAUAAUCAUUAACAAUUCCUCCUGUUAUUUUCAGACAUGCCUGAUUUUCAUGUUGCUUAAUACUGCUGUAUAAGGAGAACUCAUUUGUUGAAAGUUUGUUUCCCUGUUUGCUUUUAUAGUCCCUUGACAAUCACCUAACCUUUGUAUUUUGUAAUACUUUAAAUAGUAAGAUUACCAAACACGUAUAAUGUAGAGUGCUUACAGAACUGGAAAGUGAUUGUUAUGACGUGCCAAAAUGUAACAAGUAAAAAAUAUUCACGUGUAUUAUAGAUAUUCCUGCUUGUACUCCUAAUUAUUCUCUAUGGUAUAUAUAAUAAACUCAGACAAGAGUUGACUCUUGUUUUUAUAUGGCAAAUCAUGUUGAAGGUACUGAAGUAACCUAUUAUACAAACCACGCAGUGUGUUAUUUUAUAAACACGAAUCAGGCACUGGUCUGUUGAUAUCCCUAAGAAAAUUUCUUUAAUUCACUCAGAUUUUAUUAGAUACAUUGUUUCACUCAUGCAAGUUGUAAGCUUCCUUGAUUUUUAUUGAGUUAGAGUAGGCCUCUUUUUUUCCGAGUUAUUAUAAAUCAGUCAUUAAAAACGGAUAUACAUUUUGAAUUUCUUAUAUUGAUAAUUUGUACAUAUAUAUUUUUAAGGUAUAUAACAUGAAAAUAGUGAAUUUUCUAAACUUGUUUUUUCUUGAUCACAUACACUUAAAAAAGGGAGUAAUUUAACGUUACUCUUUAGACAAGUUACUAAAGAACAUAGGUCGCAUAUGCACCCUCGCAAGAUAAUAUUGUAGGUCAGAAUUCUUCAGGCAAGUGUAGUUAAGAUAUAUCGUCUUAACUCUAACCAAGUGGAUAUUUAAUGUUCGCGACCAAACCUGCCCAAUCAUGUACAAAACACCAGGAAAACAUAAUUUCUAAAGGUAUCUUGCGCUACUGUUUCUGUUAUGGUGGUAAAGUUACAAGUUUCUAUGAUAGUAUUAUAACUUAGACUUGUGUUAUCUUCCUAGUCAUUUUGUGUGUUAAAACUAUUACCUGUAGCUUGCCGUGAUUUAUUGUGUUAAAUCGUUGUUUCUUGUUUGGGUGGUUAACUUUCCAAUGCAAUGUUAUACUUGGCGGUUGCGACAAUUUUCGGAUUCAUUAUCAAAACUUUUACUGUGCUAAAAAUUGCUUUUAGUAACUGGUUUGAACUCAUUGCACGCACUUUAACUAACAUACCGCGUUAUCCUACGAACCUAAUUCAGAACAUUUAAAUGUGUGCGUGUUUGCAUAGAACUACGGAAUUAAUGUGACAGGUAUGAACUGCAUGUUAUGCAGUUCCUCAUGAGCUUACUUAGCAUGCAAAUAGUGUUAUUGUAGUUGCUACUGGUACACCUAACUAAGAAAAUGUAGCAUAUGGGAUACCAGUUUAAAAUCAUAUCAACCCACUGACGUUAGUAACUGAAGAUAAAUUUGAAUGAAAAAUACCGUAAACAAGUUGCAACGGUAUAUGCUAAUGGCAAAGAAAUUACCAGAUAGCUAUAAUUUAAUUUAUAGAAAUAAGAAGGAUUGGUGUGUUGUAAGAGAUACGUGUUUUCUUUGUGACUUGGGUAGAAUAUUGUAUUCAUGAUCUUGUUAGUGAAACAUAGUUUUAAUUGACUACCAUUAAGAGAAAAAAUGAAUAAACGAUAUAAUUGUGAUCUAGGCUUAAGUAAAAAUGGAAGAUUCAACUUUUGUUGCACUUUUUUUUUCUACAAGUUUCAUACGAAUAUACCUCUACUUUAAGCAAUGAGUUAGGACUUCUAAUUUCGCUUACAACGGUGACAUUUAUAUGUACCCGAAUAAACGAAAUGUGGUUUAAAUAACUCGGUGGUGCGAAGUUUAAGAAUUGAGAGACUACGCUAUUGUAGCCCCGAUUUGUAUCAAACUACAAAAGUGAGACAUGUAGUCAUGUAUAGAAUCCGUGUUAGGUCUCAGUUAGUUUUACAUUAUAUAAAUAUAUCUUCAUACACGAGAUAUAUCCAUGGUGCACGUAGCGGGUGGCCUUUCUUACUGUUUUCAGCCAAAGUUUAUUAAAUCUAGUGUUAGCUGUAUUCAUCUAUUCUGCAAUUAAAUUAAUUUUAGUGCAUUCGUAUAGAGUGAAAGUUGCUGCUAUUCUCAGGUGUUCUGUUCCCGUUAGCCCUGAAAAAGUGGACAUCUUGUUCCUCAUGAAGAUAAAUACUAUAUACACCCCUUCGGCCCGUUACCAGCUAUUCCUGGGUAAUAAUUGUGAUCCCAAAGUUAUAUAUAGAUAUAUAUAUAUAUAUACGUAUGUGUGAUCUGUGUGUAGCUAUACGUAUGUAACACAAUUGUGUGCAUUCCUACAGUUGUGUUAGCAUUAUCGAGAUUUUGAAAACAGCCAGGGGCCUUCUCGAAGUAGAACGUCUCUAUCGAAUAUUUUAAGGCUUAUAAUAUUUUGCCGCGAACAACGUUGAGUGUGAUGUGUUGAUUUUUUGUAUAUUGUAUUGGCAGUAAACUUUGGAAUUAAAGGUUUGUGUAUUACCUAUAUAA